AUGGCUUUCAACACACCCCUGACGCGUAAGUUGGGUAUCAGGGUUCCCGUGGUCCAAGGUGGUCUUCAAUGGGUAGCAUACGCAGAGCUCGCCGCCGCUGUCAGUAAUGCCGGCGGACUUGGGAUCAUCAACGCCUUGACGCAGCCUGACCCAGAGCACCUUCGACAGGAGAUCAGAAAGACGCGGUCGUUGACGCCGAACCCUUUUGGCGUCAACAUCACUUUAUUGCCCGCGCUCAAUCCUCCCGACUAUCCAGCAUUCACCCAGGCAAUCAUCGAUGAGGGUGUCAAGAUUGUCGAGACGGCCGGCAACAGCCCAGGCCCCGUCAUAAAGAAGUUGAAGGAGGCUGGUAUCAUCGUGAUCCACAAAGCCACGACAAUCAGACACGCCAAAGCGGCCAUCCGACUUGGUGUGGACAUCUUGUCUAUUGACGGUUUCGAAUGCGCCGGCCACGUCGGAGAAUCUGACAUCGCGUCCCUGAUCUUGAACAGUCGCGCUCGCCAGGAACUUGGAGACACGCCGUUCAUCGCGUCCGGCGGGUUUGCAGAUGGUUACGGCCUGAUGGCAGCUCUCAGUCUGGGCGCCGCGGGCAUCAACAUGGGCACUCGAUUCAUGUGCACGGUUGAGGCACCUAUCCACCUGAACGUCAAGCAAGCAAUUGUGAAAAGCGAUGAACACCAGACGACGCUCAUUCUGAGGCGGUGGAAGAACACUAGCCGCAUGUAUAGCAACCAAAUGACGGCCAAGACGAUUGAAAUCGAGUCCACGAGCAAGACUGGAGAGUUCGCUGAAGUCGCUCCAGUGGUGAGCGGUGCCCGAGGGCGAGAGGUGCUUACUGGUGGUGACAUUCAACACGGGGUGUGGUACGCUGGGCAAGUGAUGGGCUUGAUCCACGACAUUCCCACGUGUGCCGAACUCAUUACACGUAUUGAACGAGAGGCUGAGGAGGUCUUAUCCAACCUUUCGAGGUCGAUCCCAAGUCGGCAACAACCUUCCAGGAGCAAGUUAUAG